AUGGGCGACAUACCAGUAGAAGAAUCACCAUUCCCGCUGACAGAUGUUGAUAAGUGGGUCCUCUCACAGACAGACGAGGAGUUCAAGAAGCACAAUUGGGAAGAGCUAAAGGACAUCAUUAAGUCAAACAAGCUGGAGGUCCUGAAGCGCAAGCCCUCAGACCUGCGCCGGUACAUGAAAUGGACGGCCGAGACUAAGGCCCAGUAUGGUUCCAUGACAAACUACCUCAUCGCAAACCGCCUGCCCAAGACAUGGGGUGAGCCGCCUUUUACUCCCAAGUCGGCCGUUCCUUUCCAAGACCCCUCCGACUACCGGGUUCUUGUCAAUGAUUGGCCGUAUGGACUCGACCCAGAAAUCACUCACAUCGUUGUCUGGUUGCGGACCGCCAUCCCUACGAACCCUGAAACGGGAGACAUGACGGUAGAGAGUAGACGCCUCGCGCAGGAGUUUGUUGACAACUACUUCGUCAAGAGCCUCGGUGAGAAUGGGGCAGACCGGGUUGUCUGGUUCAAGAAUUGGGUCGCGCUGCAGAGCGUCCGAGCUCUUGAACACAUCCAUGUUCUGGUUCGAGACGCAGACCCCGAGCUUAUCAAGCAAUGGGCGGAAGAGCAGCCAUGGCAUAGACAGAACUGA